AAGUCAGUUCAAGUUCUCUUGUCAAGCCGUAAACAUUUUGCCCGCGCUGUGUCGCUUCCAUUCGCGAAUCUUCUUGAGUGGUCUAUUUUGAAAUCCCUUUGACGUCUGCUGCUAGGUCAUAUUUAUCGGAUUAGGUUGAACGCUAUGAAGUGGACGGUUGGGAUUACCAUUGUAUUCGUGGGAUUAUUGGCGACGGGAACAUCCGGAAUUGGCAUUCCCUCCUGGUCGCAAAAUUGGCCCCUCCUGAGAUAUCUCUUCAUGCUCCGAACGGGCAUUCUGUUCGAGGACUGUGGCUCCCGUUACGAUGUCAUCUCGAUUCGUCUGUCCAGCUGUUCCAGCACACCGUGCAGCAUGCCGCGUGGGAUGAACGUGACCGUCAAUGCCGAAUUCAGCUCCAACGGGUCUCCGUCGAUGCCAUCGCUCAUGCAUGAGGCUUUCUUCAUAUUGAAUGCGAUCAAAACCAAAGCUUCCAUCACGCCUACUACGUGCGAAGGCGUGGCCUGCCCCCUGCAGGGUGACAUCGGCCUACUGUUUUCCGCUUCGAUCUACGUAAGCCCUUCGCUGCCGAUGCUUCGCGGAAAGCUUCGCUGGGAGUUGAAAAACGAUAAGAAAGAGAUUCUGCUGUGCUAUCAGCUUCCGAUUUCGAUUAGCUAGAGCUUUGCUGCUAGCGGCGGUGACGGCGUGGGUGCCAUAAUUAUAGCGAAAGCUGCCAUUUGAUGAUGGGCCGCUCUCUGACUCGUGGAUAGUUUCUUGUGUUGACGUUGUGGCGGCGCUGCUUAUGCGCUUUUGAUUAAGUGUUAUAUACUCGGUUUUAUGAUGUGUUUCUAGUCGUUUGGAAAUUAUUUUCUGCUCAAAAUAUGAGAAAUGUGAUUAA